ACUUGUAGAGUGUGUUUACAUUUCUAUUCUUUAUAACUUUGCAUUAUUAUUAAUUAAAUAUUAUUAGUUCGCGACUGAUAAUGUCCGCAGACUACGCGCAUUUGUGCUCGGCUAUAUUGGAGCAAUGUUUUGGCAAAGUAGUGCAGUCAGUAGCGGACUGUCUGUUUUCGGCCACCACGCGCACGCUUUCUCAGAUUGUGAGCAGCACCAACUAUUCCCGGAAAGAAGCAGGACUCGCUUUGGCAGUACUCAUUAAGUUUCGAUUGGUUAGCUUUGAACCAUCCAAAAACAAUCUAUUCCUGCCGGAGUAUGCCCUAAAACGGGGAGAAGUCAUUUGCUUACUACGCUACUCCCGAUAUAUACAUAUUGUGCAAGCCAGAUAUGGCAAUGUAGGCUCUUCAAUAGCCGAAGAGUUGUUAAAUGCUGGCUCAGAAACGGCAACUGGACUUUUGGCAAAGUGCUUGUCAGAUUGUGAGAACAAGGCGGAGACUCCUGAAGCUUACAGGGACACAUUCAUACGCAUGAUAACAGAUCAUUUUAUCAUAAAAACUCCAGAGCUUAUUGCUGGCAGUGAACAGGAUGAGGCUGUGCCAAAGUUUCUUGUCAACGAUUGCGACUUUUUCCUGCCGCCCAUCAUUGAUCUCAAGUUGUUGGCAGAUAUUCGAAAAGGUGAAGCAAAGCUAUCGGAUGCCAAAGACGGCAGCACUGCAUGGAGUCUUAACUAUGAUCGCUUUCAUCAAGAAUUCCGUGAUGACAUUAUGAUAUCCGCAAUUGAGCGUAAAUUGGGCGAAAAUGCUGCCGAAUGCUUUCGUUAUAUUUUAAACAUAAUGUACAAUAGCACAGAUCCUUGGCUACGUAAAGCCUCUAAUCAAAUAACAUUUGUGGAGAUUAAACAGACGAUUGAAAAGAAAUCAAAUAAUCUGGACUUGAUGAAACAUCUCGAUCAAUAUAUUAGCAUAAUAGUGGAUGACUCUCUUGGCUUUUUGCGAAAAAUUGGCGAUAUGGGCGGCGGUCUGUUUGUAGUAGAUAUGGAAAAUGCAUUCGAGUCCUUGGCAUUCGCAUGUAUAGAAUCAGUUAUAACUGAACGUUUUGGAUCAAAGGCAACUCGCAUAUUCCGUGUGAUUCGCAGCAAGAAAUACAUAGAACAGGAGGAUCUACAGAAGGAAGCUAUGAUACCUGCAAAAGAGGCCAAGUCUCUGGCUUAUAAUCUGUUCCAAGAACAGUUUAUACAUGUAAAGGUUAUAAAAAAGGCUGGCAGUGGUGGCACCGGGCCGGCUAAGACAUUUUAUCUGUUCCAAAUCAAGGGCAAGGAUACUGUGAGAAUGCUGCUGGAUGUUUGCUACAAGGCUCUUUAUAACACCAUUCGGCGCUCCAAUUUUGAAAAGCAGGAACAUAAAGGACUUAUUGAGAAAUCUCAAAGGCUUGACAGCAUAGUUGAGGCCAUGAAGGAACGUGGCGAGUCUGAUGACUACAUAGCUGAGAUUGUUGAAACAUUUACACCGCCCGAGUGCGAAAUAUUAACAAAGGUUAAACAUCGCAUCAAGACAUUGUCCAAGGCUGAACUAACAUUAGAUGAUACAAUUUUUUUGCUGCAAAUGUAUCAGCAUCACUGUACGACGCUACCAACAGGUUUACAAAAAUUUAAAUAA